AUCUCGAUUCAUUCACAGUAACACUUAAAUUUGUUUAUUCCAUUUAAAAACGCAUCAUUGAGCGUAAUUUUAUUAAAACUUGUGUACUUAAAUUGAACAAUUAUCAUUUGACGAAAGCGAGAAGAAAAGUUGCAGUUUAGCACAUGAAUAAAAAUAGCCUCCUGAUUGAAAAAAAUAAUACAGAACCAGUGUGGAAUAAAAUAAUGCGUAACCAGUGUAGAAUAAAAUACUGUACAAAUAAUCGUUUAAAAGGAUUUCACUUGUUUAGAUUUCCUCUUCAUCGAAAAGACCACCUAAAAAAGUGGAUUGAAGCUAUUGGGGAACCAAAUUUUAAACCUACUAAAUCUGAUGUAAUUUGUAACGCACAUUUUACAACUAAUGAUUACAUACUCAGGCCAGGCACACAUGAUGUUCGUUUAAAAUAUCUUGCUGUACCCUCCAUAUUUCCAGAGCCUCCAGAGAUUACUCCUACAAUUUCAAAUAUAUUUGCUUCAAAUCCAUCUGCUCUUGAAAGGAUUAUGAGUUUGCCUAUAUUGGUCAUACCCUCUGAAGCUAAGAAAUCUAGAAAUCCAAAAAAAAAUAAGACAAAUUCAGAAAAAACAGCCAAUAUAAAUACUGUUGACGAUGCAGUUAAGAUAACAUUGAUAAAUGAACAGAAAAUAACGAAUAAAUCUAAAAAUCAGAAAAUGACUUUAAAAAGGAAGCAAGUUCAAACAAUCAUUCGUACACUAAAGCAAGAUUUGAAAAAGAAUAAAAAAACAAUACAGUUGCAGCAGAAUUUACUGACUGCAUUGGAAGUUUGGAAUGAAAACAGCGGCGAUAAUUUUUCCGAAGAAGAUGAACAAAUGGAAUUAUCACCAAUUCAAAGUGUUCAACUUCGUGUUAAGACUUAUGUGGAGACAGUGAAAGAAUAUUCAGAUGUUGAGUUUAAAAGACAUUUUCGGAUAUCACGUGUAGUGUUUACAUAUUUAUUAAAUUUAAUAAAACCUAAUUUAGAAAAGCCCGCUGGAUGUGGACGCUGUCCAAUUUCUCCAUAUUUACAAUUAUUAGUGACGCUAUGGACUAUGGCAACACCUGAUUCAUAUCGAUCUGUUUGUGAUCGAUUUAAUAUUGGACGAGCAACUGCUUGGCGUGCUCAUAGAAAAGUCUGUGCAGCAAUAUAUUCUUUAGCAAAUAAAUUUAUUAAAUGGCCUAAUGUAGAGGAAGCACAACGUACAUGGAUGGAUAUACAGUACAAACAUAAAUUUCCAAAAGUACUUGGUGCCAUAGAUAGUACACACAUACGUAUACAGAAACCAAAGGCUCAUGCAGAAAAUUACAUAAAUCGAGACGGUUAUUAUUCAAUACAUUUACAAGCCGUAUGUGAUUCCACCUUAAAAUUUAUCCAUUGUUACGCAGAACUACCGGGAUCUAUGAAUGAUAUGUGUGUAUUCUGGGUAAGUGAUAUUCCAUCUAUGUGCACAGAAGAAUAUUUUCCACAUGAUAGUCAUCUGUUAGGUGAUACUGGGUAUACUCUACAAAAGCAUGUAAUGGUCCCUUAUAUGAGCAAUGACAAUGAUUUGUCAGAAGCGCAAAUUAAUUUUAAUCAAGCCUUACGUUCGGCUCAUGUAAUGAUUGAAGAAGCCAUCGGUUGUCUGAAAGGACGUUUUCGUAGUCUUGUAGAUAAAUUGUAUAUGAAACGGACAGAUCUAAUACCUGAAUAUAUUAUUGCGUGUUGUGUGUUGCACAAUAUUUGUAUUUUACAUGAAGAUUUUUUAGAUGAUAUUGAUGCAAAAGAUAAUAAUUCUAUGUCGAAAUCUGACGUUGUAACUAUUACUCCAGGUAAAGAAGAAGGUAUUGAGAAAAGAAAUGCUAUAACAAAAAUAUUGAACGGGAGCGUUUCGUUUAACCAAAUUGCGAUUGAACACAACUAUUCACGGCAACCAGUGUCUUCUGUAUUGUAA